AUGGCCUUGCCUGAUACUGACUGUGCUGGAUUACUCUUGUGGAUGCAGCUAGGAGAUAUCUCUCGAUCUGCCCCUCCUGCACCUCCUGUCGCCAGUUCCUCUUCAUCUGGCACUGCCGCCAUUCUCACUGCACUGCUGUUUGCUGGUGCUGAUGUCUCCCUCCCUGCACGACAGCUCAACCCGCUACCGCCUUCUCCACCAGCACAGCGAGCUGCCAUCAACCACUUGAUUGUGGAACUGGGAAGGCCUCUGCAUCCUCAACCUGGUCCUGAGUAUUUUGCUGAAAUUUGCCAGCAACACAACAUGGACGACGAUGACAAUUACACAGCAGAGGCAGAGGAAUGGGACAGCGAUGAAGAUGAGCCAGACAACGACCAUGAGGAUGAACAAACCAAUCUACCUCCCCCCACUCAUGUCAAGCAGGAAUUUAUGGAAAUUUACAUCCACCAGCAUGAUGCAGCACACAGUGGAAGUGAGGAGGCAGAGGAAGACCCAGAACCAGAUUUCGAACAAGGCGCCAAUCGUUUUCUUGUACCAGCCCAUGCUUGCGGCACCGUCAUUGAACUUGACUCUACCCCCUCCCCCCCACCAUCCCCUUCCCCCCUCCACCUCAGUCCCUGUGACGUCUUCAGGGGCUACAUUCACUACCCCUCCAUCGAUCUGGCAUAUCAGCACAUUAAGCAGGAGGAGAUCAUUUUCUUGCACCGGGUGCUCAUCUGGGACAUCCCAGGUAUUGAAUCAACGCCAGAGCGCUAUGUUACAAACUGCAAUUGGACUAUCAGACGCACCAAAGAGCUGAUGGAGCUCACCAGCAUCCACAACCAGGAUCUCUUGCAUAUCGAUGCUCGCCUUGAUUGGUUCCGUGCAAGACUCCACGACACCUUGGCUGCCGCCACCAAUGCCUCUUCUGCAUCUGGCUCUGGCGCCCCAUCAGCCUCAAACGCCAGUGAUUCUUAG